CAACCACUUGGUGUCGUUUAAGGUUGAUUUUAACUGUCUCAUGAACUCAGGCGGCUCCUUCUUCCUCUGUUUGACGUACACAGUUGCUCAAUUCAGAUUUUUAUCCUUUUUUCUUUUUAUCAAUUCAAUAGUUAAAAAGAAUCGUUCCAUUUUUUUAAUUAAAUUAAUACAAAUCUCAAAAACUAUUUUUUUAUAGCAUUUCUUUGCCACCAUCUCCCCUGUUUAUAUCUGUUACCUAUAAAAAUUUAGAAUUUUUCAACGUCUUGACUUCUUACAAUCUCUUCACCCUAAUGAAAUCCAGAUCUUUUAGAAACUACCCAUUUCAAAUCAGGCCUUGAAAAUUCAACUUCCAAUGGCCAAUUUCUUAGCUUUUCUGAUGCUAGUUAGCUUUUGGGUUAGUUUCAUUUCGGGUCAAAACCCGGGUCUUGAAGCUCCCUAUAGGAUCCACACUUUGUUCUCGGUGGAAUGCCAGAACUACUUCGAUUGGCAAACCGUCGGAUUCAUGCACAGCUUCAAGAAGGCCCAGCAACCCGGACCAGUGACCCGGUUACUGAGCUGUACGGAGGAAGAGAAGAAGAAUUAUAAAGGGAUGGAUUUGGCUCCAACUCUAGAAGUUCCCUCUAUGAGUAGACAUCCUAAAACUGGUGAUUGGUAUCCUGCAAUUAACAAACCUGCUGGAAUUGUCCACUGGCUAAAACAUAGUAAAGAUGCGCAGAGCACCGACUGGGUAGUGAUUUUGGAUGCGGACAUGAUCCUCCGAGGUCCGAUUAUACCUUGGGAACUUGGGGCAGAGAAAGGCCACCCUGUUGCUGCAUAUUAUGGGUACUUGAUAGGAUGUGAUAAUAUUUUGGCUAAAAUGCAUACAAAGCACCCAGAACUUUGUGACAAGGUUGGUGGGCUCUUAGCCAUGCACAUAGAUGAUCUUCGAGUUCUAGCACCUUUGUGGCUUUCAAAGACGGAAGAAGUACGAGAAGACAGAGCUCACUGGGGGACUAAUAUAACCGGUGACAUCUAUGGGACAGGCUGGAUUAGCGAGAUGUAUGGUUAUUCUUUUGGGGCAGCAGAAGCUGGACUUAGGCACAAGAUUAAUGACAACUUGAUGAUCUACCCGGGCUAUACUCCACAACCGGGUGUUGAGCCUAUUCUUCUACAUUAUGGCUUGCCAUUUAGUGUGGGAAACUGGUCUUUCAGUAAAUUAGAACACCAUGAAGAUGGAAUUGUUUAUGAGUGUGGGCGACUCUUUCCCGAGCCUCCUUAUCCUAGAGAAAUUAAAUUGAUGGAACCUGAUCCGAAUAAAAGGCGUGCCUUGUUCUUGAAUAUUGAGUGUAUUAAUACCAUGAAUGAGGGUCUUCUGUUACAACAUGCCAGAAAUGGAUGCCCGAAGCCAAAGUGGUCAAAAUAUCUAAGCUUUUUGAAAAGCAAAACUUUUGCGAAACUAACUCAACCGAAGCUUCUUACUCCUCCUAGGAUGCAAACUGAGGUGGCCAAGGAGGUGAAGGAAAUCGAUGAAUCUAUAAAACCGUACCCGAAAAUCCAUACAUUAUUUUCAACAGAAUGUACUACUUAUUUUGAUUGGCAAACUGUAGGGCUCAUGCACAGUUUCCACCUCAGCAGCCAGCCCGGAAAUAUAACACGUCUUCUCAGCUGUACAGAUGAGGACUUAAAGCAAUACAAAGGCCAUGACCUGGCACCCACUCAUUAUGUCCCUUCAAUGAGCCGCCAUCCGCUAACAGGCGACUGGUAUCCGGCAAUUAAUAAACCAGCUGCUGUUGUUCAUUGGCUCAACCAUGUAAACGUUGAUGCCGAGUACAUAGUUAUCCUUGAUGCCGACAUGAUCUUAAGAGGCCCAAUUACACCAUGGGAGUUCAAAGCAGCACGUGGCCGACCAGUUUCAACCCCGUAUGAAUACCUUAUUGGUUGUGACAAUGAGCUUGCUAAACUUCAUACUCGCCAUCCUGAGGCUUGUGACAAAGUUGGUGGUGUCAUUAUCAUGCAUAUUGAUGAUCUCCGGGAAUUUGCACUGCUAUGGUUGCUUAAAACUGAGGAGGUCCGAGCUGACAAAGCUCAUUAUGCAACAAACAUCACUGGAGAUAUAUAUGAAUCUGGUUGGAUCAGUGAAAUGUACGGUUACUCGUUUGGUGCAGCAGAGUUGAAAUUACGGCAUCUCAUAAGCAAUGAGAUAUUAAUAUAUCCCGGAUAUGUUCCCGAACCUGAUGUCAAGUACAGAGUUUUCCACUACGGCUUGGAAUUUAAAGUCGGGAACUGGAGCUUUGAUAAAGCAAAGUGGAGAGAGGUUGACAUGGUCAACAAAUGCUGGGCUACAUUUCCGGACCCUCCAGAUCCUUCAACCCUUGAACAAACCGAUGAGAACGAACUUCAACGAGACCUGCUUAGCAUAGAAUGUGCAAGAACACUAAAUGAAGCACUGCGUUUGCAUCACAAGAGGAGAAACUGCCCCGACCCUACUGCCUUAUCAAAUCCAGCAUUGGAUACAACUAAGGAUAUUGCAAAUUCAAGGAAAGUCGGUAGGUUUUCCAAGACUGACGAUAUAGAAAGCAAUCCCGUGCCCAGAAAUCAUUCUCAGGAAUCAUCUAAACCUAAAGUUAGAGAUGGGCUAUUCGGUACUUUAAGGUUCUGGAUCAUUCUUCUAUGGGUGUUUUCUGGAUUGGGUUUUAUUUUAGUCAUGUUAGCGAUGUGUUCAGGUUAUACAAGCAAGGGGUCAUCAAAAGGGAAAAGUAACAAAAGCAGGAGAAGAUCUUAUACAGGGUUUUUAAAAACCAAUGCUCGUGAUCGGCAAGGUCGCAAGUCAGACGCAUCAUUGUAGCAUCGCAAGUUGCUUCUAAAGACAAAAAAUACAUAUUCUGAUAAAAGGUGGAGCAAGCCUGAGCAUGAUAAAGAGUUCCAAGACAAAUAUGGUGAAGUGAAUGCCAUUGACGUAGUUGGUGAUUAGAAAAAUACUAGGUUUCUCUCGUUUUCUAACUGGCAGAUGGGAUCAUUGGUUGACAUUGUAGUCCUUUUCGUUGCAUAUACUUCGGUUUUGAAGCUCCAACCAAGAAAGACAUGUUUUGACAUGCUAUUUUAUUCAAAUUUUUGGUUUCUCGAAAUGUGAAACGUAACUCUUUUAUCUUAUGAAAUGAGAUCACAAACUUUUGCAUAUCAAAA